AUGUCCCUGGCGGCCUCAGCGGGCCGGGGCCCGGGGGCCUUGUGGUCCCCAACUCACGUGCAGGUGACGGUGUUGCAGGCGCGGGGCCUGAGGGCCAAGGGCCCGGGGGGCACGAGCGACGCGUUCGCGGUGAUCCAGGUGGGCAAGGAGAAGUACGCCACCUCGGUAUCCGAGCGCAGCCUGGGCGCACCCGUAUGGCGGGAGGAAGCCACCUUCGAGCUGCCGCCGCUGCUGUCCGGCGCUGCACCCGCGGCCGCCGCCACCCUGCAGCUCACGGUGCUGCACCGCGCGCUGCUCGGCCUCGACAAGUUCCUGGGCCGCGCCGAAGUGGACUUGCAGGAGCUGCACCGGCACCAGGGCCGCAGGAAGACCCAGUGGUAUAAAUUGAAAUCCAGACCAGGAAAGAAGGAUAAAGAGCGAGGAGAAAUUGAAGUUGACAUCCAGUUUAUGAGAAACAACAUGACUGCCAGCAUGUUUGACCUUUCCAUGACAGAUAAAUCUCGGAACCCAUUUGGAAAACUGAAGGACAAGAUCAAGGGGAAGAAUAAGGAUAGUACUUCCGAUUCUGCUUCUGCCAUUGUCCCCAGCAUGACACUCUCAGUUGAUAGUGAUGAUGAGUUUCCCGCAAAAGACAAGAAAAAGAAAUCAAAGCUCAAGACCUUGUUUUCCAAGUCUAAUUUGCAGAAAACACCCCUCUCCCAGUCCAUGUUCGUCUUGUCUACUUCUAAGUCAGACGGAGUGCUGCUUCGCCCAGGGGACUUUCAGUCCCGAUGGGAAGAUGAUGACAAUGAAGAUGAUUCCUCUUCCGCCUCCGACAUCAUGACUCAGAAGAGAACCACCAAGCAACUGAGCCAGAUCAACUUCAGACUGCCCAAGAAGGAAGGACUCUCUUUUCUCGGUGGCCUUAGGUCUAAAAAUGACACUCUUUUCCGAUCUAAUGUCUGUAUCAAUGGGAAUCAUGUUUACAUGGAGCAGCCAGAAUCCAAGAGUGAGACCAAGGACAGCACUCCUUCCUCCUUUCCAUCUCCCCAGGGCUUCAAGAGGAAGCAUUUGUUCUCAUCUACAGAAAAUCUGGCUUCCUGGUCUGGUAAGGAGCCUGGAGAAGCAGGUGGCAUGGCUUCUGACAGGCAGCUCUCCGAUUCUGCCACCAAAGACUCUCUAAAAUCAAUGUCGCUGCCAUCCUACCGACCACUAGUCAGUGGAGACAUUAGGGGAAAUGCAGCCCCAGCAAACUUGGAGGCUGCAAAGGAAACCAAAGAGAACAGGAAGCAGGAGAACAGGAAGUCCUCUUUGCUUUCUCUGGUGACAGGCAAGAAGGAUGUGGCUAAGGGCAGUGAAGGUGAAAGCCCUCCUUCUGUCCCGGAGACGGAAAAAGAAAGCACACUCCCCGAAAUCAAACCAAAGGAGGAGCCUGUUAAAAACACUGUGAAAAAAUCCGAGAAAGAUGUUCCAACUAUUGUCUCUGAAUGGGGUAAAUCUCUGAAUCCUUUUGAAGAAAUGCAGAUCACAGGACCAGAGGCUGAGCCCGAGUCCACUUCUGAAUCUAAGCUGCCUAUCCCUUCCCCACGGGCUCCCCAGACCAAGGCCGUCAAACCUCGACUGGAAGUGUCUCCAGAGGUUCACCCCAAAGCCAGGCUUCCUUCUUCCUCCGACCCGCCUCUCUUUUUUUCUGCCCUCUCUUCUGGCUCUGGUCAGUCCUGUCUACCUUCUGCAUUGGAGCAUAAUUUAGAGACACAGUCCUCUGAAGAGCCUUCUGUCUUCUCCUCGCUCUCAUCUUCCAUAGUGGCUCCCCUUUCCACGUCCACUCCUAUUGGAAGCUGGCCUUCCACAGGUGAGAGCCAAGCCAGCUCUGAAGAGCCAUCUUUCCAUCUUAAAGCAGGGAUGCAAGAGGAUAGUGUGACACAAGUUCCAAAUACUGUUUCUUCUGUCUCAAGAUCACUUUCCACCCCCCUACCCACUCUACUGUGUGAAGACUGUCCAGUGGGGCACACCAGUGAGGUGGACAAAGAGAAGACCACUGAGGAGGAGGAGUCCGGAAACUAUCUCUGGGAGGAGCCUUUACCGGGGCAACAAGAAGAGCAGCUUCAGAGGUUUUCCCCUGAAAGAGAAAACGAUGCUCCUUCAUCUGAAGAGGGUCAAGAAAAAACAUUUGCUCUUUCAGUCAGAAGUGCCAGGAUGGGAAGCUCAGCAGGGAAGGUUUGGAUGGGAGAAGGCACACAAUUUGAGACUCAGUCUACAACUUUGGCAGAGAACAAAAUUAGAGCAGGUGAAAUGACUUCUUCACUCAAAGAAGUGGCAUCACUUCCAGAAGUGAGAGAACCGGAUCCCUCUCUCGAUUCAGUCACACAGAAACAUGAAGAGAGGGGUCUGGAUGCCCGUAACAACCAAAAGAAAGCCAAGAAACGUGUGUCAUUUUCCGAACAGCUCUUCACAGAAGACAAGGUGGGGAGGUCUACUGAAGGUGGAGAAGAGGACCACAAUAAUCCUCAGGAGCUGAGUCAGGAGGCUGCCACUGGCAGUGCACGUGACAAGGAGUCUGCGUCUUCCCACACAGAAGACUCAGAGAGGGAAGCUGUGUCUGAAGCCAGGCUGUUGGGUUCUGAUGUGCCAGCCCCCAUGGUGGAUCGUGAGGAGAAUUUCUCCAAGGGCCCCACGGGGAAAGGAAGCUCAGAGAAAGACACUGGACUCAUCAGGGCUGAGGGAAAUGACACCCUGAUGGAGCAGUUUCAGAGCAAAGCCAGCGAUCACGAAGGCCUACUGUCUAAUCCCCUGAGUGAUCUGCAGUCCACUGCAGAUGUCAGAUCUCCAGUCUUGACUGAUCUGGAUCUAACCCUCCCUUCUAUUCCUGAAGUCGCAUCUGAUGAUGAAAGGGUAGACCAGGUUGAAGAUGUCAGAGAAACAGCAAAGGUGGUGAGUCUGGAAGUAAGAGCUUCCUGCUUGGGAACUUUACCUCACUGUCCCAAGGAGAAAACUGAGUUGAGUGGUGUGAGAGAAGGUGCUGCCGAGAGCCUGAGGGAUCUCAGAGCGAAAACUCCCACAGCGUCUCCUGCAGCGUCUGUGACGGCUUUGUCUGAGCAAACUAUAGCUUUAGGAAUUCAUAAACCACAUCUUGGCGAGAGCUCAAGCUCAGAUAAACAGCUGCCGGGCCCUGGCAGGGAGGAAGAAGAAAAGCUGGAGGGAAAUGGGAGGCCGAGCCAGCCGCCUGGCAUGGCCCUAGACUCUCCUAUUUCCAGUCCCUCCCUUUCUGAGCCCUUUUCUUCCAAACACUCUUUCCCUCACACUCCACAUUCUGACACAAACCAAAUGAGUACAGCAGAGUCUCAAAAAAAGGCAACAGCAGAGGGCUCCGCUGCUAAAGUUGAAAAUUCUGGCAAGAGGAAGCCGGUUCUUCAGGCCUGGGUCUCACCCUCAGAGACACAUCCAGUCUCAGCUCAGCAAAGCCUAAGGAUUCCUUUUCUCCUCUUUAGACUUCAUCCUGUGAAGCCGAUGAACACAGCAGCUACAAAGUUUGCUCUCCCCAGUUUGGGAACUGCCACCAUCAUCAGCGAGAACUUGAUCAAUGAAGCCAUGACAAAGAAAUACAACCCCAAGGACCCUGCUUUUGCUUAUUCCCAGCUGACCCAUGAUGAGCUAAUCCAGCUGGUCCUCAAACAGAAGGAAACAAUCAGCAAGAAAGAGUUUCAGGUUCGAGAGCUAGAAGACUACAUUGACAAUCUGCUGGUCAAGGUCAUGGAAGAAACCCCUAACAUCCUCCGCGUGCCAGCGCAGGUCGGCAAGAAGGCAGGAAAGAUUUGA